AUGAAUCCGGGUCGAGAAGGCACCAAUGUAACCGGUGCUAUACUGCACCGCUAUUUUAAUGUGGAUUGUGAGAAACACUCCAUUAAAGUGACAUGGAAGGUCAGUCCAGAGUUGGUUGAACAUGCUGCCCGUCUUUUCCUUGGACACUGUGUUCCGUCCACAUUUUCUGUUCUUCCCACGGGAGAAGGGAUGGCGACAUUCCACUACAACCUCAAUGGCUGUGCCAUCAAGAAACGGGUGACUGGCAAAAAACACAUCUAUUCAACCAGCCUGACUUACAGACCUAACCGAAAGCCCAAACCUGCUGCUAUUAGUCACCAUAUAAAGUGUGUUUACAUAAGCCCUGAGGGAUGGAUUCCCCCAUUCCUUAUCCCUGCCUAUGGUAGUGCUGAGGGUCAUGGAGGAUUGGUUUUCCACAUGGCACUCCUCAAUGAAGACCUUACUGGUCUGGCUAAGAGCAGCCUGUUUCCCCUGGGCUCUUUCAUCCCCAUCUGGGCAGCAGUGGAUCAGAAGGACCAUCAGCCCUUGCUGCUGCUCUUGGAGGAGUGUGUGGCGGCCACAACACCAGAACUGCAGUCUGCGAGCCUGGUGUACCCCAUCAUCACCAACAAGGGUUGCCUUGCAGAUGGGAAGACUGGGAACUCCAGGUUCCUGCCUAGGUACCACUCGUCUGCUAUUCUGCUUUACCUGCAGUCCUUCAAGUUUGCCUUAGGCGAGGAAGUGUAUAUUCAUUGUAAGCUUGUUGCAUGGGACCCUGAGGUUUUUGAUAUAGAAAAGAAGGCCUGCCACUACAUUAAAGAGACUGGAGAAUGGGAGCUGCUGGACGACCCGUCUCAAAGUGACCUCUGCAAGUGCUGUGACUCGAGUUGCAAGCCUCGGUUGAAAGGGGUGUGGAUUCAGGUAUUUUGA